CACGGCACGGCUCGCGCCGAGCGGAGCGGGGUGAUGGAGUCGCGGGCCGUCGCCGCUCGCAGCCCGGCACGCAGCGCCCGCUGAGCCCCGCCCGCCGCGACACCGCAGCCCCUCGGCUCCCCCUCGGGAAAUGGCCACGGAGCCCCCGCGGCCGGCGCCGCCCGCGGCCGGGCACCCCGAGGGAGGGUGCGGGCGCUGCGCGGGCGGCGGGCGCGGCGAGGCGGAGGAGGCCGCGGCCCAGCAGGCGGGAGGCGCCGCCCCGGGCCCCGCGGUGGCCGUGCUGCCGGCGGCGGCGGGGGGCCGGCGGCGGGGACUGAACGGCUGCGUGCCGCUGUCGCACCAGGUGGCCGGGCACAUGUACGGCAAGGAUAAAGGCGGUAUACUGCAGCAUCCAGAUGGGACUGUCCUGAAGCAGCUGCAGCCCCCACCUCGAGGUCCCAGGGAGCAGGAGUUCUACAACAAGGUUUAUGACUCUGACUGUUGCGACAGUGUUCUUCUGGAGCUGCGAGAGCAUCUGCCAAAAUACUUUGGUGUCUGGUCACCACCUACUGCACCAAAUGAUAUGUAUCUGAAACUGGAAGACGUGACCCGUAAAUUUAAUAAGCCGUGCAUAAUGGAUGUAAAAAUAGGGCAGAAAAGUUACGAUCCGUAUGCUUCAGCAGAGAAGAUCCAGCAGCAGGUCAGCAAGUACCCGCUGAUGGAAGAGAUUGGCUUCCUGGUACUUGGCAUGAGGGUUUACCAUGUCUCUUCUGACAGCUACGAGACGCAAAACCAGCACUACGGGAGGAGCUUGACAAAGGAAACAGUGAAGGACGGCAUCUCCAAGUUCUUCCACAACGGGUACUGCUUGAGAAGAGAUGCGAUCGCUGCCAGCAUUCAGAAGAUUGAAAAGAUUUUGAAGUGGUUUGAGGGCCAAAAGCAGCUCAACUUUUAUGCGAGCUCGUUGCUGUUUGUUUACGAGGGCUCAAGUCAGGCCCCAGCCGUGCGGCUGAGUGACGUCACCUUGGCAGAGAAGAGAGGAGUGCCCAAAGGGCUGUUAUCAGGUGGAGACAUACUGGAGUAUAACAACAAUAUUCAUGUCAUAAGUUCUACAGAGAACGGAAAGAUUGAGGCCUCUGUCAGUAAAGGCUUGUCCAAAUUUUAUGCACUUCACAAAAAGGCAUACUCAAAGAGGCACCACAGCCAGCUCUCGCUAAAGGUUGGAAGCUUGGAGCAAGACAACAUGUGGAAAAGCAGCACUUGCAUUGCACAGGAGCAUCUGAACGGAAACGUUAUACCGCAACUGGAAAAGGUUUUCUGUCACAUGCCAGCAGAGAUCAAGGAAAGUGCAAACGUAGAAGUCCGAAUGAUAGAUUUUGCUCACGUGUUUCCCAGCAACACGAAGGAUGAGGGCUACGUUUAUGGUCUGAAAAAUUUGAUCACAGUACUUAAAAAUAUUUUGGAUAACUAGAUUCUUUGUUAUGGUUUUUACUGGGGGCCAACGAUAAAGAAGAGCAGCAACGUGAAGAAUUUCUGCACUUGUAAUGCUGUAUAACUGGGUUUGUAUUGUUCUACUCUAUCUAAUUUGUCUUUGUACUUUUGGUAGAAGGGUUUAACUUUUUAUAAUCUCACUCAGGAAAAUAAAUGAUAGUGAACUGGGGAGUGUGAUAGGGUGAAGAUACUUGAGAUUAAGCAGGAUAGGUAAACUAGCAGGGUGAAGUGUAUGUGGUUGGCUUAAAUCCAAGCAGUACUAUAAGCAGGGGUUGUGCUACUUCCCACAAGGACUUGAGCUUAGACAACAUUUGCCCACCUAGCCUUGACACUGAGCCAUAUCUCCAUUAACAGGUCUUUAAAAAAUGGAGAGAAAACUGCACAGCACAGGACUGGUAUCCUCAGUACUGCCAUCUUGUGUUUACUACAUUGGAAUAACUGGAGUUAUAACCCGACUUGCAGAGAAGUCCCGUUUAGAUUUAGUUGUCUGACUUGGGAACCAGCGUAUCCAAAAGAAUUUCUGGACGUAGUAGGGUGGUAGUGCUGUGCUUUUAGCACUGCUGUGGGCGCUUCCCCUCCUGGUGGCUGUUUGUAGCCGAUGGUCAUUGCAGAUAAGCUGCAGUGUUAUUUGUGUGAGGUGCUAAGAAAAUGCUGGACUAAACUGUGGUAACAGGCUUAAGCUGCACAACUGCUAGAGAAACUUUGUUUUGAGAAAGAGUGAAGAAAAAAGAAAAGAAAAAAAAGAAAACAAAUGAAUGUGAGAUAUUCCAGGAGCUAAUUUGGUUUAGGAGAGAAAGUUAAUCUGUUAAUGGAGUGUGUGAUGUUGCGACUAAGGGAAAUGCUCCUUUGUUCUGAUGGCCCGUUUCCAAAAACAUUGCUUCUAGAAGCAAACUAACUGAAUGGAGAGACGAAGCAUUUGGGUAAAGCGUAGAGAGAUGUCCUCAAGCUGUUUGUGUUUUUGCAAGAAGCAAUUCACAGUUCUACUGCCAUGGAGCACCAGCUGGGAGCGACGCAGCGAGGGGCCGUGUGCUGCCAAGAGCCAGCACAGCCCGGAGCAGCCCGACAGACCCUGAGCUCAAGCCAUCUUCGUUUACUUAUUCAUUCAUUUUAUGUUUCCGCCCUCACCCCAUUGGCAUACAGACGAGCUGUAUGGUUUCAAAACUGCCCUGCUUUCUUCUUGAUUUUUUUUGUUUUUUCCCCUCUCCACAGGAAAAAAUAAGAAUUAAGGCUUUCAUGUAGAAUGAGAUUGGGAUGGUGGUGUGCCUCCUCUCUGUACUUUGCACAUGGCUGUCCUAAUGUGCAUACACAGGUGAUGGCGGAGAAGUCACACCAUACCAAAAGACAGAUGUUAAUGCUUUAAGCAAGCACCCAUUCCUAGAAUGGGUUUAGACCUUGAUGCAUCUUUUAAAUGUGGACUCGACGUGACGGUGUGGCCUUGCUGCUCUCUGUAGGAUGUUCUGCACUAUGCACUCUCGUCUGUAUGCGUCCUUAUGAGUUCUUAUUACCACAUCUUGUUUUCUUUCUUUGAACAAAUGCGCUGCUUUAAAUGAAGUUUAAGCUAAAGCUCCACUGUAGAUCCUGGGUUAAUUGGAAAGAAACGGAGCAUUGUGUAGAAAUUAAUGUGAUUUGUAACAUUUUUGUAAAUGUUAGAGGUAAUACUGGCCGAUGCAUUGAAGAAUCAAGGCAGUCUACAAGGUGAUGCUUUUGAAGCAUGGGGGAGAUGCCUGCAGGAGGGGCAGGAAGAUUGUGUUAAGAUUUUCCUGUGAAUUCCGGUGAUGGCAGAGGGGUAAACAUGGGGAAGAUGAGGUGUUUCUUCCAGCUGGUAUUUCCACAGCACUGUGUAGGUAAUGCGUUCCCAACUCUGUGAACUAAUUCAGCCAUGUUCUAGGAAGAGUUUGUGGUUUUUUUGGCUUUGAUGCUGGUUUCUGUGUUAUGGUUUAGAUGUUUUAUCCCAUGAACAGUCAACACUAGGGUAGUCUAGGCUGGUAAUGGCCAUGUAACUAUAAUCUCACAACGCUUUAAUAGAAAAUACAGGGGGAAAACAUUUCUUUUCCUGUUUCAUUUUUCCUCUGUAAUUCAUCUCUACUGGAUUUUAAUCCAUGUUUUGUGCCAGAGAAAUGGGACAUCUGCCUCAAAGGAGUCAGUUAUUGGAAGUGUUCUAAAUGCUCUCAGUGUAAGCGUGUUCUCCUGUCUCUGCGUUAAGAUAAAUGUCUUCAGUGUUUGGAUGCUCUUUUAAGUAUUGAUUGUCGUGUUGACUAUGGCAGUGUUUGUAAUGCGCCUGGAAUAUUGUUGAACUGUCAGAUUAUUUUGAAUAAAAAAAGAAAAAAGUAAAAUAAUUUCAACAGUUUUUUUUUUUUGUUUUGUUUUUUAGUUACUAUGGAUGUAUUUCUGUUAAUUUAAAACGUAGCCUGAAAGAUAACAGUAUUUUUUAAUGGGAAGUUGUGUAAAUAAAGCUUGUUGUGGAGGUGUUUUGGCAUAGUGCUGAAUGUGAGCGUAAGCCCACGGCGGCGUUUUACCCACGUUGUUCUUGCACACUUGAGAUUUGGUGUUUGUGGUGUCUCGUAUUUGCUCAGAUUGGGCUGUUUUCAGUUACAGUUGGAGCUGCAUUCACAGAAUGGAUAGGAAAAUGCCAUCUUAGCGCUAUACUAAUACAUAUGUGUUGCCUCUCUCUCUCCCUGCCAUUGACGCCUCUUGUUUGUUGUCUGUGUGACAGACAGGACUGUGUGGUCAUGUCCGCAGGCUCUUGGGUCAAAACUGAGAGCAGGUCCCUUCCCUGGGCUGCUGUGCGGUUCAAGUGCUGAUGGAACCUGUCUGCUUUCAUUUUAAGCAAUAAGAGAUUGAUUGAGUAGAAUCAAUUGUCGAAAGGGAAGAUGGGUCUGAGUGUUGUUGUUCAUGUACUCUCCAAGAACAUACUUAUUCUGAAGACUUUCUGUCUAGGUGAUGAUGAGAACUCUGCAUAUGCUUACCUAAGGUAAUUGAAUUGUAUACGUUUUUAUAACAAAAGCAUUUACAUAUAUGGUAUUUUUGGAUGAGGGUAGAAUCUGCUGCAUAAAUAACAUUAGAAAAUUAUUAUACUGUUAUGAAGCAUCGAAAGUAUUUUAACCAAAUUGUUGUUAAGAACAGAAAUGGAGACUUUACAUGUAUCUGUGGUUCACUUGGAACUUGUACCAUUUUCUGUUUCUCUGCCGUCACACGUGGUCAGCCCGUCCUUUUCUGUAACACUGCAGUUUUGUGGGGGAUGUUUCAGGUCUCAGUCAGCGGAUGAGGAAAUAGCUAAAUCCUUCUUGUUUCAUUCACAGAGCACACGCGGUUUUGUUCUUAAAAGGAAUUUCAGUGUGUUAUUCCUCUGGAGCCCCAAGAGAACCAUUCCCCACCUGCAGAGAGCUCCCGCUGGGAUGAGUGUGGCCUGUGCAGGGCCAAGAAUGGGACUCGUCACAGCAGCAGCAAAGGGAAGGCAUGGCCUGCUCUGCCAUAUCACCAGUGGUGUUUACAGCCUGAACUUAGAAACCUUUGCCACUGUUCUUUCACUUCACAGUGUGAAGUAUUGUCACGUAUAGGAAGGCAGAGGUAGGUUGGAGACUUGUACCUGCUGUUCCAAGCUCGGUUGUUUGUUCUCUCCCCCAAGGUUUAUUUUCCAUUCAGCUUUCCUCCAGAGUGCCUUCUUCAGCCCUGGGACCGUGGGUGACCUGUAGCAUCUCCGUGGAGUGAUUUAAAACCAAACUACUCAUGCCCCAUAACUGCUCUCGAAGUGCAGAUAUUGAAGAACACCAUCAAAAUGCCUCAGAUAACGUAGGAAAAGCAAUUUCCCUUUUGUACUUCUUAGCAUGGAGAGGCAGGAGUGGCAUUUCAGCACAGAACGUGUUUGGGUUGGAGCGUGGAAAGCGGGUUUUGUGAAAUUCACUUGUGUGUGUGAAUAUUCUGAGAGCAAGGUGAGUGACAGCCAAACAGGGCAUGAUGUUUCCUUACUGCUAUCAGUGCUGUAGCUUGAUUUAAGAAGGUAACACGGGGGAAGUGUGCUGCCUUCAGUGUGUGAGGCCAAUCUGUAAGUGAAAGCUGCAGAGCAGGUUGUUUACAGAGGGACAACUGUAAUUAUUUCAGCUGCGUUUGAAAGGGGGUAAAUGGAAAAAAAGCUAAGGCAGAAGCAGACCUCAAGAAACAUCUUUUACCGUGGUCUUGUGUGGUGGGGAUGGGCCUCGUGCAUUUGGAGUUGAAUUUCUGUGUGUUGUGCGACAUUCAACAGAAAAUAGUCACCAAGAACAAAGGUACUUCAAACAAUAAAACCCCUUUGUUUGAAUUGUGUACAUUGGUUAAACAAAAGUUGUUUUUUUCUUUUUCUUUUCCCCUAAAUAAAGUAACUAAAGUGACUUAUGAACUGACUCCUAAACACGUGUGUUGCACCUGACUACAACGAAACCAGAGUGCACAAAGGCACUUUAUGCUCUGGGAACUGCACUGGAAGCUAAACGAAAGCAUGUGAAAUUGCACCUGACACUGCGUCCUUAAUUGCUUUUAACAUCUAAAGUCCGACACUUAUUGUGCUUGAUGGAUGAAUGUAUCAAGUCUGGUCUCAGUUUCUCUGAUAGAAGAGUUCGAUGCUGUCACUCCGACUCCUCUGAUCUUUGUGUUGGACCGUAAUUUCAUUUGCUCUUUGCCGUUAUUGGACUGCAGGGGGUAUUGUUAAUAUUACAUGUCUUUAUUUUAUAGAAUAUUGUACUAUGCUAUCGACCAACUUUUGUAAUUUAAUUCCAGUUGAUACUUAGGGUAAUUCUAAUAGCUGUAUAUUUGGCAAAAUAUUAAACUUUUCUGCAAGUGA